AUGACCUCUAUGCCCAUGACAUGUUCGUGACAGUUAUGGGGAGUCGUUAUCGGUUUUUUACAAAAUACGAAGUAAAAUAUUCACAAAACAUAGUUCACAAAAUGUAAAAUUAAUGAUGACGAGAUGACUUAAAACGAAGAAAUAUCAGUAAUACGUUUGUGAGUUGUAGCUGUAGAAAUUAUGCUUUAAUUAAUAGAGGAUGAAUACUCAAAUUCCACUUCGGGAAAAAUCAACUGGAUUUCUUUUUCGUAUAAAUUCCAGCACAACUAGUACUCCUUCAGGCUCACCUAAUAAUUCUCGAUUAGAGGACGAUGUGGAAGGGAAAGUAAAGACUCGUUUAUUGUCUAUGUGGAAUAACAUGAAAUAUGGGAUGAAAUUAAAGACAAAUUUCUCUAAAGAAUCUCCAGUGUGGUUAUUAGGAAAAUGUUAUAAAAAAGUUGAACCGCAUGAUUCAACUGAAGAAGGAAUGGACAUUGCUGCUUAUAACAGCAAUAGCAAUAUAUCAAAUAAUGAAGAAGAUGACUUUGAAGGCUUUAAAAGUGAUUUUACCAGUAGAUUAUGGUUGACUUAUCGCAGAGAGUUUCCAGUGUUAAAUGGUUCUACUUACAGUAGUGAUUGUGGAUGGGGUUGCAUGUUAAGAAGUGGACAAAUGCUUCUAGCCCAAGCUUUAAUUUGCCAUUUUUUAGGAAGAGGAUGGAGGUGGAUUCCUGACCAAAUUCCAAAUACCAGACAAGGUAUUAUGGAAAAUAUUAAUCACAGAAAAAUUAUAAAGUGGUUUGGUGACAAACCUUCAAAAAAUAGUCCAUUUUCUUUACACACUUUGGUACAGUUAGGGGAAAAUUCUGGUAAAAAGCCUGGUGACUGGUACGGUCCAGGAUGUGUUGCAUUCCUUUUAAGAGAAGCAAUGAAAUUAGCAUCAAAAGACAAUUGUGAAUUUGAUAAAUUAAAUAUUUAUGUUGCCCAAGAUUGUGCAGUAUACAUAAAAGACAUUGAAGAAGAAUGUCAAACAUUUGACAAUAAAUGGAAAUCAUUAAUACUACUUAUCCCUGUACGUCUUGGUGCAGAUAAAUUUAAUACUUUCUUCUCAUCUCAGUUGACUAGUUUGUUAACUUUAGAACAGUGUAUUGGUAUAAUUGGAGGACGACCAAAACAUGCAUUAUAUUUUAUUGGAUAUCAAGAUGACAAACUUAUACAUUUAGAUCCACAUUAUUGUCAAGAGAUGGUAGAUGUUUGGGCAACAGAUUUUCCAAUUUCUAGUUUUCAUUGUCGAUCACCCAGAAAGUUGCACAUAAGUAAGAUGGAUCCAUCUUGUUGUUUGGGAUUUUAUUGCUCUACUAGAGAAGAAUUUAGUAAUCUUGUUGAAACAUUAAAACUGAUGAUAUCACCUACUAAAACAAAAGUGUUCAAUGAAUAUCCAAUGUUUGUUUUUUCUAAUGGUAGUAGUAAGGACACUCAUAUUGAAUCAACCAUUAAAGGACAUCAUGUGGAUUAUGAAUUUAAAACUUGCGAUGUUCUUGGGGAAUGUACAGAAACUGAAGAAUUUGAAAUAGUUUAAAAUCUUCAAUACUUUCAAAGUUAACAGAAUAACUGAAAGUUGCUGUCAUUCGCAGAAAAGGUGCUUUCAUCCUUGAACCAGGCAUUAUAUGGAAAAGGUAAGAUAUUGGAAAUUGUAAAAAGUAAAAUAGUUUUUAUUAAAUAAUAACAGAAUGUUUCAUAUUAUUAUGAAGACAAAUGUCUGUUCUCUCAUGUGUUCCUUUAUUCUAUUACUGUUAUCUGGGAUAAAUUAUUUAAAAAAAGUUUUUUUUAAUAAGGAAAAGUAUACCUAGGUAAAAGAUCUCAUAAAUUAUUGUGUGUUGAGUAAGGGACUCGAAUGCUAAUUUAUAAAUAUUAAUGUUUUAAAAAUAAGGUUUUAGAUAAUCAUGAAGAUAUAGUUUUUUUGUACACAAAAUGCUGAUUUAGUAAUUAUAAAUUUAACGUCCCAAAAUGUAAAAGCAUUACACAAUAUAUUUUGUCACAGUUAAAUACUGCAGAUGUCAAAAGCCUUUAUUAAGUACAAUUCGAUUUAUUGUUUUUUUCCUACUAAAAUUAGGAAUGGAAAAGAAAAAGAAACGUAUCAUAAAAUGUGUUGCCAUUUCUUAUGCAUCACUCAUUAUCAUUAUUGUAAAUAAUACCAAAACAGUAAAGUUCUUUGUCUUGA